GUUGACGUUUUUGUUUUGCUUCGUUUUUUUUUCUUUAGAUGCAGUAAGAAAACGAAAAAGGGGCAUAGAGUAUACAGCAAAAUAAUGUAGCUUCGAAAUAUGGAUAAAAAAUUAAAUUAUGAUUUCAUGCACAUUCCCACAGUAUCCAAGCCGCCAACAAACGAACAGCGUACGCGACCCCAAUCCGCGCACUUGCAAGGUCAGCACACGUCAUGUGCGGGUUGUUUGAAUGCUCUGCACUUGAGUCGCGAGGAGUUUGUUAUUGCUUUGGGACAAGAGUGGCACAGCGAGUGUUUCCGUUGCUCGGUUUGUGAUGUACAUUUGCACAAUUGGUAUUUUGAGAAGGAGGGAUUGCUAUUUUGUCGCGAGGAUUAUUAUCAGCGUUUCGGUGAAGCUUGUCAACAAUGCAGUGCCGUGAUAACAGGGCCUGUUAUGGUUGCUGGUGAUCAUAAAUUUCAUCCGGAAUGUUUCUGUUGCAGUGCUUGCGCAACUUUUAUUGGCGAUGGUGAAUCCUAUGCUUUGGUCGAACGAUCUAAAUUGUAUUGUGGAACGUGUUACAAAAAACAAACUAGCCCCACAAGUGAAACGGACGGCGGAGGUAAUGCUAAACCUUUGCAUUCGAUACGUUUAGUGGAAAUUCCGAAGGAUGCCACACCGGGCUUAAGGCUAUCCGUAGAUAAUGUUAGCGUACAGCGUCAUUUCAUAGAUGGUAGCUCUCCAGUACAUGGUUUCAUUGCGCCUACCGUGCGUUUAGAUGGUAGCGGUGGGGCAGGCGAUAUUUGUCCAGCUGUGAGAAUUUCAGAAUUCAUUUGUAGAAUAUAUGGCAGAGUGGGAAAAUACGUAUUCUCCUUUAUAACAUCAGUGAUCGAUCAAUGUUGUGGUGCAUAUAGAAUCGAUGUAAAUUUAGCAAACUUGCACAUUGGCGAUCGUAUUUUAGAAGUGAAUGGCACACCAGUCAGUGACACGUCGAUCGAACAUAUUGAUAAACUGAUACGCAGUACAGAGAAAAUACUACAACUAACCGUUGAGCACGAUCCAGUACAAGUUUGUCGUAGCUGCAGCCAGGCCGAUAUACAGAAAGCCACGAUUGAAGCACCGCCAUUGGCAACAUCAGCGUCAAGUAUAGAAGUGUAUGGCCGUAACGAAAACAAUCUAAACACAAAAAACGAUAAGGAACGACUUUUCAAACGUAAAGAUGAAGGUUAUAUCAGUGGCACAAAGACACGACAAUUGCGCAAAAAUAAAAAUUUAAAUAUGAUAACACAUGAUGUGAAUCAAAUGCCGCACACCACAAAUACAACAACAACAAAUCUACCAUUUAAAGAAAAAGAACGCUGUUCCAGUAUGUCAAAAUUGUUGGAUGAGCAACAUGCUCAACCGCAGGAUAUGUAUGAUUUAUCGCGCACCAAGUCAUUCCGUGUUGAACCUAAGCCACAGCGCAUAUUUCGUGCGUCUGACUUAGUACUAGGUGAACUACUUGGAAAAGGAUUUUUUGGACAAGUCUAUAAAGUAACACAUCGCCUUACGAAGGAAGUCAUGGUACUUAAGGAACUAUAUCGCGUCGAUGAAGAAGCGCAGCGUAAUUUUUUAAAAGAAGUCGCAGUUUUGCGUUCACUGCAUCAUAAGAAUGUGCUUCGUUUUAUUGGCGUUUUGUACAAAGACAAAAAGUUACAUUUAGUUACGGAAUAUAUACCAGGUGGUUCUUUGAAGGAGUUAAUACACGAUUCGGGCCUGCCAUUAACAUGGCCACAACGUGUUUCAUUUGCAAAAGACAUUGCUUGUGGCAUGAGUUAUUUACAUUCCAUGAAUAUAAUACAUCGGGAUUUGAAUUCGUUAAAUUGUUUAGUGCGUGAUGAUAAAAGCGUGAUUGUAGCAGACUUCGGUUUGGCAAGAAUUAUAACGUCACCUCUAUAUAGUAGUUCUACAACAAGCGGUGGUAAUGGAACAAAUUCGAAUACUGGCACUUUUGGUCGAAGUAAAAGUCGACAAAGACGUCAACGUUACACAGUCGUGGGUAAUCCAUAUUGGAUGGCACCUGAAAUGAUGAAAGGCUUAAAAUACGAUGAAAAAGUUGAUGUUUUCUCGUUUGGAAUUGUGCUUUGUGAGAUAAUUGGACGUGUUCAGGCUGAUCCUGACUUUUUACCGCGCACGUCGGACUUUGGUUUAAAUCAAAACGUUUUUCGGGAUAAGUUUUGUUUUCAGUGUCCCGAGUCCUUUUAUAAAAUUGCAUUCUUAUGUUGUGAUUUAAAUCCAGAUAAAAGGCCGUCAUUUGAAGUAUUAGAUAUAUGGUUGGAGAGUUUAUUGACACAUGCAACUUUAAAUCAGUCUUUGCCACUCGAAUUACUUUAUGAUAUUGAGAACUUUCCAGGUAUUAGUAUAAGUUCUACACCAGAAGGAUUUCUAACGCCAAAAUCAAAUCUAAGUCGAGACGAUUUAGAUGAACUUGGUAAAAAUAUACCAAAACCCCUAAACAUUCCGUCCAAUGAAAAUGAAAUCAAGAUAGUUGAAACAAUUAAAUUAGAAGAAAAGGAAAAUACUCAAAAUUUGCCAUUAGCUAUACCUAAAUCGCCACACUUAGGUAAAGAUUUCUCACCCACUGGGGAACGAAUACGUGAUAGCAUGCGUGCAAGAAGAAGACAGCGUUUAAUUGAAAAUCAAAAGCGUGGUUUGACACCUGAAAAUAAUUGUACCGAACGUGUAUUAGAAGCAGUAAAACAUAGCUUACAGAAUGGCGUUAGUAAAAAGAACCGGCCUUAUGGUGAUAAGGGUUUUCUCUUAGAUAUUCACCGCGAUGGUGAUCUGAGGCUUAGUAAUGUUAAAGACUUAAAUAAUUGUUCUGACUUCGACUCAAGUUGCGAUACAAGUCUCAAUUACCAUGAAGUCAACGCUGUGGAGCAUGUUAAACCGAUAGAGCCGUUGGCAACAGUUGUUAAAACUGUAUUAGAGGAAGAUGAUACAAUUGUUGAAUCUCCAGCUAAUAAAAGUUUAAAGAACCGUCAGACUUUUAUAAAUUCCGUCGAAGAAGAUGCAAAAUCUAUAAACGCUAUGAAUGAAGUACAAAAAAAUAUUGCGCAGAAAUCAUAUAAAAAUGCAUUGGAUGAUAUUAGAACAAAAUUAAAUCUAUGUAAAAACAAAUUCGAAACCAUUGAUGAAGCUAAUCGUAAAAACUAUACGAAUUCUCAAACUUCUAUGAAAACAUACUUUAAGGUAAGUCCUACAGAUGCUGUGUAUAGAACACCACCUCAAGCUUUAAAAAUGUUUCAACGCAUGGAAGCAGCGGAGGUCAAUGCGGGCAAAAGUUCGUCAAUGCAAACGCUACGUGUUAAUCAAACACCGAUUUUUGGUAGAAAGCAAUUUCCAAAAGCUGUGGAGCUCUAUACACCACAUUCAGAAUCUCUAGAAAAUUUAGCUGCCAUGACCAUUAAGUCAAAUGAUGAAGUUGUGAAAGAGAAAACAACUGUGAAGCGUGUUAAACAGCCAGCCGAAAGAACAUUUAAAAGUUAUUUGAAAGAGCUUGAUGAACCUGAGAUAAAGUCUACCGAAAUACAAGCGAAGAAAAACAAAUUAACGUAUGCUAAGGAUAUUGCAAGUGAUAGGACGCAAGAUAGAAGUAAAGUUAGUAAUCGCCUCUUAGGAUUUAGAAAAAAUGUAAAGCCCUCCUGUACUUCACCUACAAAAGAUGUUGUUGAUAAUAAGACAAAUACACGACGCACAUUGAGCCCGACUAAAAGUACAGAUAUAAAUAGAUUUACAGCUAAACAGGAUAACCUCACAGCACCAAUAUAUACACGAACCACUAGUCGACAAGUUCUCGCAAAUACUAGUAUUGGCUCUACAACCCCUAAAGUCAACUCGAAUCGCUUAACUAUAUUAAGUCCCGAAAAAGUUCAUCGCCUAAAUGCAAAAAUGUCCGAUCAAAAGAAAAAAAUGGAAUCCACUAAUAAAAUUGCUGACUCAAAGCCCUUUUCAAUUGCACCAGUUACGAAUACGUCUACAAAUGCCGAUCAACAAACACAGACUGAGCGACGAAAACGAGCAGCAGCCAAUCGAUCGCAAAUCUAUUCUAGGUAUUGAUUCAGUUUUCAAACGAAAUAUAAGUUCGAUACGAUGCGAAGCGAAGCGACAGCAGUGCUGAAACUGCUGAGAAUUUAAGAAAUUUCGAUUUAAGUUAAAAAGUGCCUAAAUUAAUGCAAUAUUAAAAACAAAAACAUUUUAGGAAUUUUUAACAAACUGAUUAAUAUUUAAAUAGAUACAUAUAAAUCAUGUACAGGGUAAUACGGAAAGUGACGUAUAUAUAUUUCUUAAAACUACUAUUGUACCUCACUUUAAACUACUUAUACAUUUCGACACAAUAAAAAACAAAAAUAAUAAGCAACUAAUAUACAUAUAAAUUAUAAAAAUAUAAAACAAUAAUAAUUAUAGCAAUGUAAUAAAAUCGUAAAGCAAUUAGACUAAUACAUGUUAUAUACACACUACUUAUAUACACAUAUUUAUAUAUACAAAUAUUAAAAUCUUAUUAAAUAUGUAUUUUUAUAACACUUUAUAGUGCCAUCGAAUAGUUUAGCCCAUGUCG